AUGUUGUUCUUUGCUUUGUUUGUUGUUCUAAGUGUUGGACAGCCAAGAGACUUAACAUUGAAAGAGUGUCCAUAUACUUCGAAAAGUCCAGACAUAAAUGUUAACAAUAUAUUUGUGUAUGACGAUAAAGACAAGAAGUCUGUGUCAUUUACACUUGUUAUCACUUCAAACAAGGAACUGACAAAGGCUGGUCUUUCUUUUUCUGCAGAUUCUUUUAUCAUGCAACAGUACACUGGACACAUCGAUAUUCAAACAGUUGAUUUGAUUUUUGCAAUUGGGAAGGAAGGUAAAAUCGAAAAGGGAGUGCACACUCUUAAAAUAGAAGUUCCUUACUCACAACUAAGCACUGUGGCAAGUUAUGUGCUCACUUUUGAUAUUUCAUAUGGAGAUGAGCAAUUGAGAUCGUGUGUGAAUGUCGACUACAGAGCAUCACCUUCAUCAAAUUAA